AUGUCUGGUUUGGCAAGGGACGCAGCCGCUUUCAAAUCAGCUCUUCACAGACAAGACUACUCUUCGUGGCACUCACAACCAAAUCCGGUGCCUCUGCUUGCGUCUGCACCUGAACCAACACCUGAACUCCCGACCAAGUCAAAAAAGAAGCGACCAAAAUCAAAUGUUGUGUACUCUCAGCCCGCUGAGACGGGUACGGGUACCAAUGUCAACACCCAGCUCGUGUACGCCGUGAAUCACCUCAAGACGACUGGGAACCCCAUGCGCUUGCAGGACCUUGCUAUCCUCACGAACACACCAAUAGACACAGACAAGGUUCUCCAGGAGAAGUUCAGGUCCCAUGAUCGAAUUUUGUACGACCCAAAGACCGACCUGUACUCGUAUCGACACGAUUUCAAUGUGCGCAACAAAGCCGCACUUCUCACUGAAAUCCAGCGACAGACCCGUAAAGGCGGCGGUCUCUCCGUGCGCACGUUGAAGGAAAGCUGGAAGGAGGCUCCGCAGGCCAUCGAGGAGCUGGAAAAAGAGGGCGAGGUCUAUGUAACGCGCACCCUCAAGGAUGGCCAAAUGCGCAUGGUAUUCUGGAAUGAGAUCAAGCCAGACGAGGAGUCCGGCGGCGUAGCCGUCGAGAAAGAGUUUAACGACCUCUGGCAUUCCCUCGAGGUUCCUAACGACGUCGACCUCCUCAAGCAUCUCCAGUCGGAGGGUCUUCAAGUCACGGCGGCGGAAGCACUGGUACCCAAAGGUCCCGCAGGGAAAAAGAAAGGGAGGAAGUCUGCCCCUCGACAGCGCCAAAUGCGCAUUACAAACACACAUCUGCGGGGGCAGAUCGACCUUUCGCGGGACUACGCGGCUCCGAGUGCGAAGUGA